AUGGAGUUUUUCUCAGGCUACUUUACUGAACCAACCCCAUUUGGGUCAGAUUUCUUGCAACCUGACAUGCCCGAAUCUUCAUUGGUGUCCGAUGGUGGUAGUGCUACUAGAGAUAACCAUUCAGACGAGGAGGUAAUGUUGGCUUCAGAUCAUCCUAAGAAGCGUGCUGGUCGGAAGAAGUUCAAGGAGACUCGCCACCCGGUUUAUAGGGGUAUUAGGAGGAGGAACUCCGGCAAGUGGGUGUGUGAGACAAGAGAACCGAAUAAGAAAUCAAGAAUAUGGCUUGGAACAUUCCCAACUGCAGAAAUGGCAGCGAGAGCUCAUGAUGUGGCGGCGAUAGCACUUAGAGGACGGUCAGCUUGCCUGAACUUUGCUGACUCUGCUUGGAGAUUACCAAUUCCGGCUUCUGUGGAGGCUAAGGACAUUCAACAAGCGGCGGCAGAAGCGGCGGAGGCAUUUCGGCCAUCAAAGGCCGACGGGAGUGUGGCAGUCUCCGGUGAUGAUCAUGGUUAUAAUGAGGAAAGCGCGGUGACAUUGUCUGAGGAGAACAUGUUUGAUACGGAUGAGGAGGUGGUUUUCCACAUGCCAGAAUUGCUUUCAAGCUUGGCGGAAGGGUUGAUGCUACCACCACCACCUCACUGUUGGGUGGCAGAAGGGUAUGGUAGAGAUGGACUUGAAUUUGAUGAUGACGUGUCAUUAUGGAGUUAUUAUAUUUAA